UUCUCUGCUCCGCCGCUCUGCACUGCUCCGCCGCUCUGCACUGCUCCGCCGGCUUCCUCACCAUCUCAUUGCUUCUCAAGACAUUGGGCUUCCAUCUGGAAAAUCACUUUUCCGAAUUCAAGCUGAGCGAAUUUUGUGCCUUCAACGAUUGGCAGCUCAAUCUGUAAAUGAAGGCCACGUUCUUCCAACAGGGCACUAUACCUUGUGUGUCAAGAGAUGGUAGAUUUAUAAUGGAAACUCCAUACAGGGUACGAGUUGGCGAUCCAACUUUUCUGGGUUAUUUCAUUGAUAAGGGUGUGGCGGCAGCUGCUAAAGUUGUUCGAAAGGCAUACCCACAAGAGAAAGUUGGUGUUUUUGUUCAACGAGGUAAAGGUGGACCCAUCUCUGUGGUUGAGUACAGUGAAAUGGACUCAUCACUAGCAAGUGCAAUCAAUCAGACAACUGGCCGACUUCGCUUUUGUUGGAGUAAUGUUUGCCUGCACAUGUUCACUUUAGAUUUUCUGAACCAAGUAGCAAACGGCCUUGAGAAAGACAGCAUUUAUCAUCUUGCAGAAAAGAAUAUUCCUUCAAUCCAUGGACACACUGUAGGAUUCAAAUUAGAGCAAUUCAUAUUCGAUGCAUUUCCUUAUGCGCCUUCCACCGCACUCUACGAGGUUUUGCGCGAAGAAGAAUUUGCACCCGUGAAAAACGCGAAUGGAUCAAAUUUCGACACUCCAGACAGUGCUCGUCUGCUUGUCCUUCGUUUGCAUGCUCGUUGGGUGGUUGCUGCCGGAGGCUUCUUGACUCAUUCUGUGCCCCUAUAUGCUACUGGUGUGGAAGUUUCGCCUCUUUGCUCGUAUGCUGGAGAGAACUUGGAGGCCAUCUGCCGUGGACGAACAUUUCAUGCUCCCUGUGAAAUUGCGUUUUAGAUUUUAUCUUUUAUCGUUCUUUUUUCUUUUUUUUUUUGGUUCAUUCGAGGCUCUGUAUAUUGCGUUUGAGGAUGAAUUUGGGCUGAAUUUUUAUGUGAUAUGUGCUGAUAGAUACUUUGAUUAUAAAGAUAUAUGCAACUCACAGAAUAAGGAUUUCGUUUUGAACUUUUUAACUGUAAAUUGCUUGUUUAUGAUGGUCCGAUGGACUUCACUUUGUGCCUCUUACCUAAG